AUGUCACGUUCUAGGUCGUAUCAAGGUGCUCUUAUGACGACUACGUCCAUCGCAGUGUUAUUUGCAGCGCUGUUAAGUGAAGAUUGUGGAGUUUCAGGGUUCUACUUUAGGUAUUUUGUACACUUGGAUGAUGACCCUGGCGGUACCGAUGUUGCGAGGCGAAAAACACCCGCAAAUGAGAAAGACCCGGACCUUCCCCAUGGCAGUGUAUCACUAGUGGAAUCUGCUGAACUCCUUAUAAAUAAUCUAUUUGUCUGGUUUAGUAAUUUCAAAAGAGUUGAUGAAAAUGGAAAGCCACUCAAACCUACGGACCCACCAAGAUCGUAUAAGGUAUUCAAAUUCAUAGAUACCACAGAUGUUAAAUAUGGACGUGGAAUCAACAUACUAAACAUCUCAUUCAUCAGUAUAGCAUGCAUAUUAAUGAUAUAUAUCCUUGCCAAGGCUGAACCGCAUAGUGGCUCCGGUGCUGCAGCUGCAGCCAAAUAA